AGCGUUUACGGGAGGCGUUGCUCAGCAUUUCGUUCAGAGAAAAUGGCUGUUCCUUUGCUGAGCAAGAAGAUAGUGAAGAAGCGUGUCAAGAAGUUCAAGAGGCCUCAAAGUGAUAGGAAGAUUGCCGUUAAGCCAAGCUGGCGAAGGCCUAAGGGUAUUGACUCACGUGUCCGGAGAAAGUUUAAGGGAUGCACUCUCAUGCCUAAUAUUGGUUAUGGCUCAGACAAGAAGACUCGCCACUAUCUUCCUAAUGGAUUCAAGAAAUUUGUUGUGCAUAAUGCCAAAGAGCUGGAGCUUCUGAUGAUGCAUAACAGGACUUAUUGUGCUGAGAUAGCUCAUGAUGUUUCAACUCGGAAGAGGAAGCAGAUUGUUGAGCGUGCUGCACAGUUGGAUAUUGUUGUGACCAACAAAUUGGCUAGGUUGCGCAGCCAAGAAGAUGAGUGAGGAUCAGUCCGUUUAUGUUGAUUUUUCUUGUGGUACCUUACUCUAGGCUUUAGGAAGUUUCAGCAGUUUGAAUGAGGUGUUUGAGCGUUAUUUUGACCUCAAUGCAAUGUUGCUUAUCUUGAUUUUGAAUCCAAACCUCUUUUUUUUUUUUUCUUUUUUCUUUUUUUCUUUUUUUUAAUUUCAAGUUAUUGUAGUAAUGUUUCAAGACUGCUUUCAUCUCCUUAGCGUGUUUGUAAUAUCAAUUUGCAAAUUCAUCCAAAUUU